AUUCCUACACACAUUCAAAGGACCGUCCAAAGCUUCACCAUGAAGGCUUUAGCUGCUUUAUGUGUAACAAUAUGCAUUCUUUAUCAAGUUAAUGGAAAGAGCAUAACGGACCACAUGCAAGGGUCAAGACGAGAGGUUCGGGAAAUUAAUGAUCCCGGAUCAAUCGACUGCAAAAUGAGUGCCUGGUCCCAGUGGACGUCCUGCGACCCGUGCACUAAUAGGACGCAUCGCUCUAGAGGUAUUGAGGUCUUUGGGCAGUUUAAAGGCUCUAGGUGCAUAAACCCAAUUGGAGAGCGGAAACCCUGUAAACCUUCUACCAAAUGCCAGAUGGACCCUCCACCUGUCUGCAAGAGCUCUCAAUGGUGGUGCUCUUCAGGAAUAUGUAUAAAUAAAAAUCUGAGGUGUAACGGGGAUAACGACUGUGGAGAGCCUGAUAAGUCUGAUGAAGAUGAGUGUGAUAUCAUCAGGACACCUUGCGGCAAGACAGCUGUAUUUGAGUCUGAUAUAGCCAUCCAAGCUGGAUACGGAAUAAAUAUUCUGAGAUCUGAACCUCGAAUGAAUCCCUUUAAUAACAGAUUCUAUAACGGUCAAUGUAACCGGAUCAGAGAACCAUCCACAUUGGAAUAUAACAGACUGCCUUGGAAUGUUGGAGUUCUCAACUAUGAGACAAAAGUGGAAGAGAGCAGCUCUAAGGAGAUGUAUGAGGACAUUCACUCUUUAAUAAACGAGAUAUCUAGGGAAUCCUCUACAUCUUUUGAAAUAGGCUUAAACUUCAAGUUUACACCUACUGAGCCCUCCAGUUCUGGUUCAGGUGAGGCUGAUGCUGGUGGAGGUGGUGAAGUUGCCGGCCCCAGCGAGGGCGGUGAAGCUCAAGGUCCUGGUGAGGGCGGUGAAGCUGAAGUUUCUGUUUCUGGUGCAGACCAAAGUACUGGUCCUGGCUUAGGUUUUAGUGCGUCAGUAGGAUUUGACACUAAGCAAUCAACAACAAAUAUCAUCAAACAGCUGUCAGAAAUCACAACGACCAAGAGAAAUACCUUCAUGAGAGUGAAAGGCAGAGUGCAGCUGGCAACCUACAGGAUGAGACAGCAAGGGCUGGAGGUGUCCUCAAUGUUCCUGGAUGAUGUGGAUGCCCUGCCACUUACAUAUGAGAAGGGCCAGUAUUUUGCUUUCUUAGAGGACUAUGGAACACACUUCACCAAGAACGGAAAGUCUGGUGGAGAAUACGAACUUGUUUAUAUAAUGAAUGAGGAUGUCCGCAAACUAAAAAAGGUCACAGAAUCCACAGUUAAGGAAUGUUUAGAGCUUGGAUUUAAGGGUGACUUCCAAUUUACUCAAGCAGUAAAAGGAGGAGUACACAUUAAACCAGCAAACUGUGAUACACUAACAAAAAAACCCACAGAUGACAGGAACACGAAGGCGGUUAUUGAUAAAGUGCUGAUAGCAGUGAGAGGGGGCAGUCCGGCUUCAGCAGUAGCCAUGAAGUCUCAGCUCACUAAAGAUGGCAUUCUAGACUAUAAUCAGUAUGUGGAAUGGGCAAAGACCGUAUCUGCUCUGCCAGCUCUCAUUCACAGUGAUCCUGAACCCAUCUACAACGCGAUCCCUUUGGACUUUCCUGAUGCUCAGCCGAGACGGGACAAUCUCAGAAGAGCCGUGGAUGACUAUGUGGCCGAGUACAGCGUGUGUAAGUGCCAGCCGUGCCAGAACGGUGGCUCUGUGAUCCAGGUAGAUGGGGAGUGUAAAUGCAUGUGCCUACCAGGGACUGAAGGUGUUGCGUGUCAGAUCAUUGAACUGGUGAAAGCUAAGUCUUUUGAACAACUGGGAAACUGGGGCUGUUGGUCUUCCUGGUCGCUCUGCUCCGGGGGGCGUCGCAGACGAACGCGCACGUGCGAUACUCGCGGUGUACCAGGAGGAAUCUGCAGAGGAGACACAACUCGUGAAGACUACUGCUAAUAUAGUAGUUCAAAUACACAAAUAAUCAUGAGAUAAUAAAAGUGUUGUGUACAAAAUAAAAUGCAAAUUACAAUUGCAUGUACAUUCAGAUAGUUCUCUCAUGAAGAGCGGUUUAGAGAAACACAUGUUUGACAACACUGCCAUCUUGUGGUCAAUAGUGCAACCGAAAAUAGUUGCACUACAGAAACAGUAAGCUUUUCUCAUAUUAGCUACCUGACUUUUUGCCUACCACGGCCGUAACAUACAGUGAUGGUUUCACAAAUAAAUUUCAUGUCACUUUAAAAUAU